ACCUCAUCCCCUCCCCCUCCCCCCACCUCCUCCUCUUCCUCCUCCUUUACGGACCGCUCCGCUGACCGCCGCCGCCGCACCCCUUGACGCCUCGAUCGGAGCCACGGCACAGAAAACAACCGGCCACAUGCACUUUCUGAACGUUUCCCCCGUUCUACUUGAAACGGCGCAGGGCUUGUUUUCCGUUUUUGAUUUCGUCCUAUUGAUAGGAACCUCGAUGCUGCCGUGUCCUUUUCAUCAGCUGAUCAGCCCACAGUAGCAGGAGGCUGCAGGAGCGCUGUGUCGGAGCUCGAGGACAACAACACCAUGAAGUUCUCGGUUUUCCUCUCCCUCAUCUUGUCGGUGUCCUGCCCGCUGUCUCUCGCCACCAUUCCCGCUCCAAAUGAAUUUGUGUCCUUGGCGGAGAUGGAGGACGCCCUCCUGAAGAACCUUUUCCAAGGCUACCAGCGCUGGGUCAGGCCCAUACAGCAUAACAAUGACACCAUCAGAGUGCGCUUUGGACUCAAGAUUUCCCAGCUGGUUGAUGUGGAUGAAAAGAACCAGCUGAUGACAACCAAUGUUUGGCUCUGUCAGGAGUGGAUCGAUUACAAGCUGCGAUGGAAUCCAGAGAAAUAUGGAGGAAUAACUUCUAUCAGAGUUCCCUCUGAAAACAUCUGGCUUCCAGACAUUGUCCUCUAUGAGAAUGCUGAUGGUCGAUUUGAGGGCUCCCUGAUGACGAAAGCAAUUGUCAGGUACAAUGGCGCCAUCACCUGGACACCACCUGCAAGUUAUAAAUCUGCCUGCACUAUGGAUGUCACCUUCUUCCCUUUCGAUCGCCAGAACUGCACUAUGAAGUUUGGCUCCUGGACAUACGAUGGCCACAUGGUGGACCUGAUUCUGAUUGACAAACAAGUUGACAGGAAGGACUUCUUUGAUAACGGAGAGUGGGAGAUCCUAAGUGCCACUGGUGCCAGAGGGAACAGGAAGGAUGGCAUGUACUCGUACCCCUUCAUCACAUAUUCCUUCAUCCUGAAGAGGCUGCCGUUGUUCUACACUCUCUUCCUAAUCAUCCCUUGUUUGGGUUUGUCCUUCCUGACGGUGUUGGUGUUUUACCUUCCGUCUGAUGAAGGUGAGAAGCUGUCACUCUCUACCUCUGUCCUUGUGUCGCUCACUGUGUUCCUUCUGGUGAUAGAAGAAAUCAUCCCCUCCUCUUCCAAGGUGAUCCCACUUAUCGGAGAGUACCUCCUCUUCAUCAUGAUCUUUGUCACUCUCUCCAUCAUCGUCACUGUCUUUGUCAUCAACGUGCACCACCGCUCCUCGGCCACCUAUCACCCCAUGUCGCCGUGGGUUCGCAAUCUCUUUCUUCAGAAACUGCCAAGAUUGCUCUGCAUGCGUGGACACACUGAUCGCUACCACUACCCAGAGCUGGCUCCUGAGAGCCCUGAUACGAAAUCUCGCUCUGGAGGUCGGAGAGGAGGCCAGAAGGGGAACAGCGGAGCUCACGGACAAACCACUUCUGAUGGGAAGGAGGACGAGGCCUGGGCGACCAUGCUGGACCAGGCUAUCUACUCAGUGCGCUACAUCAGCAGACAUAUUCGCAAGGAACACUUUAUCCGCGAGGUGGUACAAGACUGGAAGUUUGUGGCACAGGUUUUGGACAGGAUCUUCCUCUGGGCUUUUCUCACUGUCUCAAUACUGGGCACCAUCCUCAUCUUCACUCCAGCUCUGCAGAAGUUUAUGAAAGUCCCUCCUCAAAUCGCAAGUGAGGAGCCUCCUUCAACUUAGUAGCAAUAACACACUUUUCACAAAAAAACUGAUGAUCCUUAUGUGGUACUCAAGACUUUUUGAUACCUUUUUUCUGUUUCCUUUACCCAUUUCAAUACUUUGACUUGAGUAUUGGCCAAUACAAAGUACCUGUUCUAAACCAGUGCAAUAAAUAAUAUGCAUAUCAUAGGUUACCGAUUGGUGAGGUCUGUAAGCUUAGACUUUCAUUAUGAAAUCCACUAGCACUGCAGUUUUGCUUUUUGUUACUGUUGAAUUAUUAACAUUAAAGCUGUUGGUUUUUAUGGGGGAGGGCUCAUAAAUUAUUGUAUCAGUUUUGUCACUGAUGGGCGUAAAAGCAGAUACUCAGUAACUGUAUUUGUGUUCACUGGGCCAGAGGAAGCCAGUGCAGGUGCUUUUAAAAGGAGGCAUGACUCUUUCAGUUGUAUUUGCUUAGAUUUCUUCCUGUCAAUGUGUGUAAAUUCAUACAGAUUUAAGCAUUAUUCAAAUAAUUUAAGUGGAGUAUUAUUCUGUUUUAUCAAUACGACAAUCAUAGUUAAAUUGGUGCAGCCUUUGUUGCAUUUCAGACUGUUAUGAAACUACAUAAUGUACACUGAGUGGCUUAAAGUAGCAUGCUGCCAUCAGUGCACUAGAUCACACCUGUUGGUCAUUUCAGCAGGGUAUUUAAGCCAAAAUUUAUAUAAAAAGUGAAAAGAAACGUAUACAAUUUAAGAAUGGCUAGAUUUAAAUGGUUAGCUAAACCUAUUUGUAGUUGUUUCAUGUUUUCAAUUACUUGGAUGUACUUUAUGUGAUGGACAUGAUAAUUAUUUAGUUGGUUGCAACAAAUUCUCUGUACAGCAUUAUAUAGCUAAAAGAAAAGUUAAAACGACUUCCCAAAAUUUCUUAUUCGAAACACUUCAGGCUCAUUUUACACACAACUCAAUCAAAAUAACAUCAUUAGGAAUGGAUUGCCCAUGUUCCCACGUACAUGAAGCACAAUUACCUCAAACAGUUACUGCUUUUCAGUAGGGUGUGAUACACAUGGUUUCAUCUGUGAAGGUAUACAAACAACUUCUAAACUACCUUGUACAUUUGUUGGCGAUGAAAUAACCGUCUUCAUGCUACAAAGUAUUUAAGGUUGUUAGCAUAUCUUACAGGAGUAUAACAUUACCUGAUUAAACAGCUCUUAUUUGUGUUGUAUGUAAACAGUAUGUAAUGUUUUCUUAUUAAUUACUGUCUUUGUCUGCCUCCUCCUCAUAUUCAAUACUUGUCAUAUUUAUGAUCACUGCAGUUAGUGACACAAUUUCAAGCUUCAUAAUAAAGUGUAAUGCAUCAAUGAAGAUCUAGGCACAUUUCUUCUAUAAGUCCCAGAAGUUACAGUAACAUACAGUAUUUGUAUUGUUCAGAUAUACUUUUAUCACACUACUUAAGUUGUUUUGAAUACACAACGCUCUAUUUGUGACAAUUUAAGCUGCUUUUAACACUACUCAAUUCAAUGAAAUAUAAUGCUGAUAGAAGGGAAAAUAGAAUAACAUUCUAUAGAUGGAAGGUGAUGUUGGUGGGUUGGCAGCACCAUCUAGUGGUCAACAAGAUGUGGAGAACAUAGUUUUUCCCUUCCAUUUGAAUGUUUGUUCUCCAACUGAAACUGUAAAGCUAUAUUCAAUGCAACUAACAACACAACACGUGUUAACCUUGAUUUAAAUCUUUAUUUAAUAAAUUGUUUGAUUACUGACCUUCA